AUCAUAACUUCCAGACUGAAACGUGCGUAGUUCGGUGUGAAUUCCGUGUACAGCUCGUUAAAAAUGCUGAAGGCAGCCAAAUAUAUCUCCCGCUCGCUGGUGGAAAACCGCGGCCUGCUGCAGAAUGGAGGAGCGCUCUCCAACAAUGUGCUUGCCCGGUUCAAAUCGGAGCAGGUCAAGGGUGCCGUCAUCGGUAUCGAUCUCGGUACCACAAACUCGUGCGUCGCCGUGAUGGAAGGCAAAAAUGCAAAAGUAAUCGAGAAUGCCGAAGGUGCCCGCACAACUCCUUCGCAUGUGGCGUUCUCGAAGGACGGCGAACGGUUGGUGGGGAUGCCGGCGAAGCGCCAGGCAGUCACCAACUCGGCCAACACGUUCUACGCUACCAAGCGACUGAUCGGUCGCCGGUUCGAUGAUGCGGAAAUCAAGAAAGAUCUGGCCAACCUGUCCUACAAAGUGGUGAAGGCCUCCAACGGGGACGCCUGGGUGCAGGGCAGCGACGGCAAGAUGUACUCUCCGAGCCAGAUCGGAGCGUUCGUGUUGAUGAAGAUGAAGGAAACGGCCGAAGGGUACCUGAACACGCCGAUCAAGAAUGCGGUCAUCACGGUGCCAGCGUACUUUAACGACUCGCAGCGUCAGGCGACGAAGGACGCGGGACAGAUCGCCGGUCUGAAUGUGCUGCGUGUGAUCAACGAACCGACGGCGGCCGCGCUGGCGUACGGGAUGGACAAGAGUGAGGACAAAAUCAUCGCCGUGUACGAUCUCGGUGGUGGUACGUUCGACAUUUCCAUCCUCGAGAUCCAGAAGGGUGUGUUCGAGGUGAAGUCGACCAACGGGGACACGCUGCUGGGCGGUGAAGAUUUCGACAACCACAUCCUCAACUAUCUGGCACAGGAGUUCAAGAAGGAACAGGGAAUCGACGUCAAGAAGGAUGCAAUGGCCAUGCAGCGGUUGAAGGAGGCGGCCGAGAAGGCCAAGUGCGAACUGUCGUCGUCGGUGCAAACGGACAUCAAUCUGCCGUACCUGACGAUGGACGCGUCCGGCCCGAAACACCUCAAUCUAAAGUUAACGCGCGCCAAACUCGAAACGCUGGUCGGUGAUUUGAUCAAGCGCACGGUCGCCCCCUGCCAGAAGGCCAUGUCCGACGCGGAAGUGAAAAAAUCGGACAUCGGUGAAGUGUUGCUGGUCGGUGGAAUGUCCCGCAUGCCGAAGGUACAGUCGCUGGUGCAGGAAAUAUUCGGGCGCCAACCGUCUCGGGCGGUCAAUCCCGAUGAAGCCGUGGCCGUUGGAGCCGCCGUUCAGGGCGGUGUGCUGGCGGGUGAUGUGACCGAUGUGCUGCUGCUGGAUGUGACCCCGCUUUCGCUCGGCAUUGAAACCCUCGGUGGAGUGUUCACGCGGUUGAUCAACCGUAACACGACGAUUCCGACGAAAAAAUCGCAAGUCUUCUCGACGGCCGCCGAUGGGCAGACACAGGUGGAGAUUAAGGUGCACCAGGGCGAACGAGAGAUGGCCACCGACAACAAGAUGCUGGGAUCGUUCACGCUCGUCGGUAUUCCGCCAGCACCGCGCGGAGUGCCCCAGAUCGAGGUCGUGUUUGAUAUUGACGCGAACGGCAUCGUACACGUUUCGGCACGCGAUAAGGGCACUGGAAAGGAACAGCAAAUCGUCAUUCAAUCGUCCGGUGGUCUCAGCAAAGAUGAGAUUGAGAACAUGAUCAAGAACGCAGAACAGUACGCACAGGCCGACAAGCAGAAGAAGGACCGAAUCGAAGCCGUCAACCAGGCCGAGGGUAUUGUGCACGACACCGAGUCCAAGAUGGAAGAGUUCAAGGAUCAGCUACCAAAGGAAGAGUGCGACAAACUGCGUGAGGAAAUCGCAAAGGUGCGCGAAAUUCUGGCCAACAAGGAUGAAGCCGAUCCGGAGGAAGUUCGCAAAACCACCAGCGCCCUGCAACAGUCAUCUCUGAAGCUGUUCGAGAUGGCAUACAAAAAGAUGGCUUCGGAACGUGAGGGCAGCGGUAGCGGCAGCAGCAGCAGUAGCAGCGGAAGCAGCAGUAGUGGAUCGGAAGAAGCCGAGAAGAAGGAAAACAAAAACUAAAGAAAAACGAACGACAACAACCCACAAAAGACUACCACCAGCCGCGUCCUUAUCACAAACGAAAAGGAUUCCCCCAGAUUAGGAAUAGGUUCACAUAACUCAACCGGUGUUACAGCAGAACAGAUUACUCGCGACGUCCAACACACAGUGAUCGGAAGGGACGAAAUAUACAUUAAACUCUUCACCGUUAUUACCAUUAACUGCAUUACGUUUCAAUGUUGCUUUUGGAGGAAGGUAAAUUAGUCUCUCGCGCGGGAUCU